CGCGCGGUGCCACGGUAGAACCGUGAUUACGGUCUUCGGUUCUCGGAGCCCAGCCACCGCUGGGGGCGGGGUGGGUCCCAGCCGCCGCUGUCUGCGUGGGGCCCCACCCAACCUGCGUCUUACUUUAGGAGCCCUCCCAUGGCUUCCCAGGAUAGGGUAAAGGCAGUGACCAAAGGAACGGGCUUCUGUCGCUGCCCCAAGCAGACCACUUACACCCUUGGAACCUGCGAGCUCCUCAGAGUGAUGAUGAAGGAAUCCAAACUGACUAAGUUCCAACAGCGACACAUCAUGGACACCAUGAAAAAAGGAGAAGCUCUGCCCCUGUACUGCAGCCCGACAUCCAGCCAGAGGGUCUUGCCUGCCAAGCAGCCGGCCUCAGCCGUCUGCCUGCCUCCCAUCCUGGCGGCCCGGUCCCAGCUCCGGCCUGCCAGCAUGUGCCAGGCCAAUGGGGCCUACAGCCGGGAGCAGUUCAAGCCUCGAGCCACCCGAGAUCUGGAGAAGGAGAAGCGAAGACUCCAAGACAUCUUUGCAACGGGGAAGGAUAAGGAGGAGCGGAAAAGGAAGCCCCGUGCUGUGCAGCGGAAGGACCCAGCCCCCGAGCCGGACCGGUUUGAAGAACUGGUCAAGGAGAUCCAGGAGAGGAAAGACUUCCUGGCUGAGAUGGAGGCCCUGGGCCGGGCCAGACAGUACCGAGGGCUCAUCCUCACGGAGAUCUCCCAGAAACUACGGGAAAUGGAGGACAUUGACCACCAGAGGAGCAAGGAACUCAGGAAGGCUCUGGCCACCGCCUGAUCCGUCUCC